GGUUUGGCUCGCCCCUGUGUCCAAACAGGCUCCUGGCUCUUCUGCUUGCAGAAGAAAACUUCUUACAACCUUUUAAAGCCCCGGAGAAGCAGGAGGCGCGUUGGAAAACGGGCGAUCCUGGAAUUUAUUUUUUUUUUUUUUUUUUACAAUCUCAUAGUUUUGGGCCUGACUCACGGCUUUUGAAUGUUUGGUAUGGGCAGCCAAGUUUGCUCAGCACCAGCAGAGCGGCCAGGCAGGAGGGACAGACAUCUGUGCGGUGACAAGGCGACAGAGGGGGCCGUCAUCCUGCCUCCAGCUGCUCUCCAUCCUCGCCAGGGCUGGCUGGCGGCUGCUCCCGGAGCCAGCACGGCGGGUGGGCUGCCCAGCGCAGCCCCCCGGCUCCCCAGCAUGGCGCGGCAGGCAGCCCCCGUCCUGCUGCUCGUCCUUGCCAGGCUGGUGUCAUCCACGUGGCACGAAGGGUCUGGCUACUACCUGGAGAGUCACACCAACGAGGUGUACGCAGAAGAACCCCCCCCUGAGCCUGCCCUGGAUUACCAUCGAGUGCCGCAGUGGUGCGCCACGCUCCGCAUCCACCGCGGGGAGGCCGCUUGCUACUCCCCCCGGGGCAGCUCCUACCGCAGCAGCCUGGGGACGCGCUGCGAGCUGAGCUGCACCCGCGGGUACCGCCUGGUGGGUCCCAGCGCCGUCCGCUGCCUGCCCAGCCGCCACUGGUCGGGGAUGGCGUACUGCCGACAAAUCCGGUGCCACGCGCUGCCAGCCGUGCUGCGGGGCUCCUACGCGUGCUCGGCGGGCGUGCAGAUGGAUUCCCGCUGUGACUACACCUGCCUGCCCGGCUACCAGCUGGAGGGCGACCGGAGCCGCAUCUGCAUGGAGGAUGGGCGCUGGAGCGGGAGCGAGCCAAUCUGUGUAGAUCUGGAGCCUCCCAAAAUCCGCUGUCCAGACUCCCGGGAGCGCAUAGCAGAGCCGGGCAAGCUGACUGCCACCGUCUACUGGGACCCUCCCCGCGUGAGGGACUCUGCCGACGGUGUCAUCAAGAGGGUGCUGCUGCAGGGCCCCGAGCCCGGCUCCGAAUUCCCUGAAGGAGAGCAUGUGAUCCGCUACACCGCCCACGACCAGGCCUACAACCGCGCCAGCUGCAAGUUCAGCAUCCGCGUCCACGUGAGGCGCUGCCCUGUCCUGAAGCCUCCACAGAACGGGUACAUCUCCUGCACCUCCGACGGCAACAACUACGGUGCCACCUGCGAGUACCUGUGCGACGGGGGCUUCGAGCACCAGGGCACCUCCCUGCGGGUCUGCCAGUCCAGCCAGCAGUGGACGGGCUCCCAGCCCCUUUGUGCACCCAUGCAGAUCAACACGGAUGUGAACUCGGCCGCCAGCCUGCUGGACCAGUUCCACGAGAAACGCCGCCUCUUGGUCAUCUCGGCCCCCGACCCCUCUAACCGCUACUACAAGAUGCAGAUCUCCAUGCUGCAGCAAGCUGCCUGCGGGCUGGACCUGCGCCACGUCACCACCGUGGAGCUGGUGGGGCAGCCCCCACACGAGGUGGGACGCAUCCGGGAGCACCGGCUGUCCCUUGGCAUCAUCGAGGAGCUCAGGCGCUUCCUGCACCUCACACGCUCACACUUCAACGCGGUGCUGCUGGACAAGGCGGGCACCGACCGCGAGCGCUUCAUCUCGCCGGUGAGCCCCGACGAGCUCUUCGUCUUCAUCGACACCUACCUGCUGGGCCAGCGCGAGGCGGCGCGGCGGGCACAGGGCGGGGACCCCUGCGAGUGA